AUGGCGCUCAAGUUUCUGAACAAGAAGGGAUGGCACACGGGCAGCCUCCGAAACGUCGAGAACGUGUGGAAAGCCGAGCAAAAGCACGAAGCCGAGCAGAGAAAGCUCGAAGAACUCCGUAAGCAGAUCCACGAGGAACGAGAGAGAGCCGAGUUUCGUCAGCUCCAAGAACAAGCCGGCCUCAUUCCGAAGCAAGAGCGAUUGGACUUUCUGUAUGAAUCGGGAUUGGCCGUUGGGAAAGGGAGUUCCAGUUUCAAAGCGCUUGAAUCUUUACCAAAAACCGAACCUGAUGCCACUGCAUCAACAUCAUCUGCUUCUGCCAAGCAAUCGGCAGUGCCAGGAGCUCUUUUUGAGGAGAAAUCUCAGUCGGCUAAUGAUGCGUGGAGGAAACUUCAUUCAGACCCUUUGCUUUUGAUCCGGCAGAGAGAACAAGAAGCUCUUGCUCGUGUCAAGAAUAAUCCUGUCCAGAUGGCCAUGAUUCGCAAAUCCGUACAAGCAGAAAAGGAAAAGGACAUUAAGAAACACAAGAAAAAGCACCAUCACAGGAAGAAAUCCAAACACCGUUCCCACUCCUCUGAAAACGAAUCUGACCACGAAAAACAGAGAAGAAACCAUCACAAUAGUUCCAAACCCGACAAACCCUCCAGCAGGCGGGCCCACUCUUCCUUCGACGAAGAAACGAGCCGAGAGGAUGCUCGAAGGAGGAAAUAUCGCGAGAAAAAUGACGAUCGUCAUAAAAGUAAGACGAGCGAUCAUUACACUUCUCAACAUCAAGAAACGCGGGGAUAUCUUGGUUCCUCUUCUGAUAGGCCGCCAAGGCCUGGGCCCUACGACAGCAGCAAGCCUCGGAAGCCCGUUAAGCUUUCCGAGGAGGAGAGGGCGGCUCGGCUUAGGGAGAUGCAGACAGAUGCUGAGAUACACGAGCAGCAGAGAUGGAAAAGGCUGAAGAAAGCGGCUGAUAGUGAGGCCCGCGAAGCCGUGAAGGAUCAGGCUUCUGUAGGGAGGAAUUUCUUGGAUUCUGUUCAGAAAAGUGUGUAUGGUGCUGAGAAAGGAGGGAGCAAGUCUAUUGAGGAGAGCGUAAGGCGCCGGAUGCAUUACUCUCAGGGUAGAUCGGCGGCCGAAAGCAAUGCCUUUCGACGGUCUUGA